AUGAGUACAUUUGAAGAGGCUUCUGAGCCAGUAACAGCUGAAAUUGUGAGCUUUGUUUUACUUACUGAGGAUACAGACAGGAACCUCAUUCUUUGCAUUCAGAAUGAGGCUAGUGAAAUGGAAAACCCUACUGAACCUCAGAAUAAGAGGCCUUGUUUGUCCACAGAGGAUGGUUCAACUCCUUACAUGCCAGCUGUUGCAUUCCCACUACCAGAAACGGAGCAGAGCUUUGAUUUGGUCACAACUACAGUCACAGAGGUGGCGGGUGAAGAGAUUACUGAGGGAACUAUGAUGCAGUUCCAGAUUUUACAGGAUGACAAACCAGAUGAAGCAUUCCCCUUGGCUAGUGCACAAGAGUCAGUCGUUAGCCAAGCAUGGUUAAGAGGCAGAGAAGAUAAAGACAAGCUAACCAGACAAGGACAUAAAUGGAAGCAGGGGAUGUGGUCCAAGGAAGAAACAGAUAUUUUGAUGAACAACAUUGAAUGUUAUAUGAAAGAACAUGGAAUAGAGAAUGCUGCAGAAAUCAUUUUUAAGAUGUCAAAAGGUAAAAGAAAAGAUUUCUACAGAACUAUAUCUUUGGGUCUGAAUCGGCCUUUGUUUUCAGUUUAUAGGAGAGUGGUCCGAAUGUAUGAUGACAGAAACCAUAUGGGAAAGUACACCCCUGCAGAAAUUCAGAAGCUCAAGGAGCUCUGGCAACAGCAUGGCAAUGACUGGAUAACAAUAGGUGCCGCCAUGGGAAGAAGUCCGUCUUCUGUCAAAGACCGGUGCCGCCUGUUGAAGGACACUUGUAACACGGGGAAAUGGACCGAAGAAGAAGAACGGAUUCUCGGAGAUGUGGUUCACGAAUUGACACGCACUGAGGUGGAUGAGAAGGUCACACAUGGUGUGUGUUGGGCAACAGUGGCUCAAAGAGUAGGUACUCGCUCAGCAAAGCAGUGUCGUGCUAAAUGGCUCAACUACCUGAACUGGAAACAGACUGGAGGGAUUGAGUGGACCAGGAAAGAUGAAGUCACUCUCAUCCACAUGCUAGCAGAGCUUGAUGUAGCUGAUGAAAACGAAAUUCACUGGGAUGACUUAGCUAAAGGAUGGAAAAGUGUUCGUUCACCACAAUGGCUGCGUAGUAAAUGGUGGACCAUCAAAAGGCAAAUUACAAACCAUAAGGACUUUGCAUUCCCAGUCCUAGUGAAAUGUCUUCAACAAGUAUAUGAGAGCCAAAGUGCCAGUCUCAUGUUUGGGGAGAAUAAAUCAGAAUCUGAAUUGUCAGAUUGUAACCCUGAUAACAGUGUUCAACAAGUCCCCCUCAGAGUCACAGGUGUAGAAGAUAAUAGUACAUCCAUCUAUCCAGACCCUGUGACAGGAUUGCAAAUUACACUCCAGAUUGUCCCUGUCAGCUCAACAGAUUACCCUGUGGCUAUUGUUAACUCUGAAACAAUAACCCUGCUCAGUGGACCACAAUAGAUAUUUGAUAUUCUUCCUUAUUUCCAUUUAUAUUCCAUUCCCUCACCUUGUACCGACUUCCUUCAAACAAGCUCAACUCAAGGACUUCCCUUAACUCUGACAACUAGUCCCACAGUAAGCCUGAUGGCUGCUGCACCUGCUUCUCCUAUUAUCACAUUUUGUCUUUUAUCCCCAGAACAUCUACUGAGCACUCCAAUAAGACAUGUGGAGUGUCAUACAUCAAGAAUCAUCACUGAAACUGUUGCAGAAAAUAAUAUUGUUCUUUCCACUUCCCAAGCAGAAUUGGCAGUCAAUAGUGACAUCUAUUGUUCUGAUUUUCAUGAUCUUGCAAGUUCAUUCAAAGCAAACAAAUUUCCUGAGAAAACUUCAGCUAAGAUAGUUCUUCAGCCAUCAUUUAAUUAUGCACUUGUUUCUCAAUUCAGAGAACCAAACAGCACAGAGCUAAUGAACUGUGCUAUGAUUACAGCAGAAGAAAAUUUCUGUGACACCAAGCAUAAGAAUAAGAAAUUCACUCUGAUUUAUCCAGUGCUUGAGUUACUGAGGAUUGAGUCACUCACCAUAGUAGAGCAAGAGCAUUACACAAGUGAUAACAAAACUACGCUUUGUGCCCCUUCACUACCUGGUUUUAUCAAGGCAUGGGAUUUUACAAGUACUCAACCUGUCUUGCCUUUCACAACACUGAUAGGUCUUAUAAUCCCAAAACAGCAAGGAUCAAAUACCAUUGUAUUCUUUUUGGAAAGCCCCAUUUCUAUAGACUUCAAGGAUAUUGGACUUGCUAAAACAUUACCAGCCUAUCCUUAA